UAAAAAUUUAAAGAUUAGAAUUUACAACCUUACAUUUUCACUCCUAAUAUAUUUUAUAAAUAUUUUUAUUAUAUAAUUAUUAUGGAUAAAAUUUUAUACUCUAACAUUAAGACUGUUUCUAGGUUAUUAGUUGAUGGAUCUAUAAAUACAACCGAUUUAAUAAAUUUGUCUUUAAAGAAAGCAUUGGAAAAUCAAAAAUAUAACGCAUUUAUAACUAUUACCCACAGUGAAGCCAUAGAUCAAUCUAAAAAAUCUACAAAAAGAUAUGCUAGUAAAACUUCUUUAUCUGAACUUGAUGGCAUUCCAAUAGCAAUCAAAGAUAAUUUUUGUACUGAAAAUAUUAAAACUACAUGUGCUUCUAAAAUGUUAGAAAAUUUUGUACCAACUUAUAAUGCUACUGUAUAUCAAAGGCUAUUAGAUGCAGGUGCAAUUUUAAUAGGAAAAACGAAUUUAGAUCAAUUUGCAAUGGGUUCUGGUACAGUAGAUUCACUAUACGGACCUACAAAAAAUAUAUGGAAAAAUGAUGAUGAAAAUUUCCAUAUUGCCGGAGGAAGUAGUGGCGGCAGUGCAGUAGCUACUGCAACAGGAACGUGUUUCGCAGCUAUUGGUUCAGACACAGGAGGAUCUACAAGAAAUCCAGCUUCUUAUUGUGGAAUAGUUGGAUUAAAACCAACAUACGGUUUAGUUUCGAGAUUAGGAUUAAUACCACUGGUUAAUUCGAUGGAUGUACCAGGUAUAUUAACCAGAACAGUUGAUGACUGUGUUAGUAUCUUAAAUGUUAUAGCGGGUUUUGAUCCAAAAGACUCAACGUCACUAACUAAGCCAUACAAAAAAAUCAGAUUGCCUCCUGCUAACAAAAUGAGUAUAAAAGGUUUAAAAAUUGGAAUGCCUCCUGAAUAUUGCUGUGAUCAUUUAAGUCAAGAAGUAUUAGACAUUUGGAAUGAUAUUGCCCAAAUUCUAGAAAAUGAUGGUGCUAUUGUAAAAAAGGUUUCUAUGCCCCAUACAAAAUUCAGUAUAGUCUGUUAUUCAAUUCUUAAUCAGUGUGAAGUGGCAAGUAAUAUGGCCAGAUACGACGGUGUCGAGUAUGGUUUUCGGGCUAAUGAAAAUUCUUCAACUGAAAAACUGUACGCGGAGAGUAGAAUGAUAGGCUUCAACGAGGUUGUUCGAAAUAGAAUUCUAGCCGGAAAUUAUUUCUUACUUUCCAGAAAUUAUGACAAAUAUUUCGUUCAAGCAUUAAAAGUUCGGAGAUUGAUAUGUAAUGAUUUUGACAAUGUUUGGAAUGAUGUUCAAAUACUACUCACCCCUACAACCCUUACCGAUGCUCCAUUAUAUAAAGACUUUAUUGGGAAGACCAACAGAGAUCAGUGUGCUGUGCAAGAUUAUUGUACCCAACCUGCUAAUAUGGCUGGUGUACCAGCAAUUUCGAUACCCAUUAAAUUGUCUAAAAAAGGACUACCUUUAAGCCUGCAGUUAAUUGGAAGAAACCUAAGUGAACCUAUGUUAUUAGCUUUAGCUAAAUACAUUGAAAAUAUUGUACAAUUUCCUUCUUUUGCAGAUAAAUUAAAAAAUAAUGAAAAUUAGAUGUGAAUUUAAAGUUUUGUUUACUUUU